CUGUAAGAUUGACAGUCUGUCCGUCCAAUCAUAAGAGAACCCGCCUCCCAGACUGAACGAGGAGAGGCUUAGACCAGGAAGCCCCGCCUUCCACAGUCGAUGACGUCAUAAUCGCCAUGGCCAGCUAUCCGUACGGGCAGAGCUGCCCAGAAGCUGCAGGACAGGCACCUGGAGCACCCCCGGGGGGCUACUACCCCGGACCUCCCCAUGGUGGGGGCCAGUAUGGCAGUGGACUCCCCCCUGGUGGUGGUUAUGGAGGACCUGCCCCUGGAGGGCCCUAUGGAUACCCCAGUGCUGGGGGACUCCCCUCUGGAGCUCCAACUGGACCAUAUGGUGGUGUACCUCCAGGGGGCCCCUACGGUCAGCCACCUCCGAGUUCCUAUGGUGCCCAGCAUCCUGGACCUUAUGGACAGGGUGGUGUCCCCCCCAAUGUGGAUCCCGAGGCCUACUCCUGGUUCCAGUCAGUGGAUGCCGAUCACAGUGGCUAUAUCUCCCUCAAGGAGCUGAAGCAGGCCCUAGUCAACUCCAACUGGUCCUCGUUCAAUGAUGAGACAUGCCUCAUGAUGAUAAACAUGUUCGACAAGACCAAGUCUGGCCGCAUUGAUGUCGUGGGCUUCUCCGCCCUGUGGAAAUUCCUCCAGCAGUGGAAGAGCCUCUUCCAGCAGUAUGACCGGGACCGCUCUGGAUCCAUCAGCUCCGCAGAGCUGCAGCAAGCUCUGUCCCAGAUGGGCUACAACCUGAGUCCUCAGUUCACCCAGCUCCUGGUCUCCCGCUACUGCCCGCGCUCCGCCACUCCGGCCAUGCAGCUCGACUGCUUCAUCAAGGUGUGCACCCAGCUGCAGGUGCUGACCGAGGCCUUCCGGGAGAAGGACACCGCCGUGCAGGGCCACGUUCGGCUCAGCUUUGAGGACUUCGUCACCAUGACAGCUUCUCGGAUGCUGUGACCCGGCCUGCCCAGCGGGAGUGGAUGCGGGCCUCUCUU